CUGACAUACAUGAUCUAUGUGGAGGCAGAGAGUCAAGGAUCAAUCAGAUGGGCUCACGUGGCAGGCCCCCCUCUCCAGGUCUUGCCUGCCAUGCAUGAUCCAUGUCGCGACAGAUGGGAGGAGAGCAGUCAUCAUUCGGUCUCCUCUCAUGUCCUCCCAUCCCAUCCCCACCAUCCUCAUCCGCAUCAUCACCAGCAGCAUCAUCACCACCACCAGACGGAAUGGCUCCGGUGCAAUUCACCAGCACGGCGGGCGGCAAGGACCACUCGUCGACGACGCUGGCGACGUACGAAUCGAACCCCGAGCUGGUCUCCCGCGAACCGUCUAGCGGCGGAACCGACACGGCCGAUCACAGGCCAGCAAGCGAGGAGACGACGGCCCUUCCGCCUCCCUCUUCCGCUCCGACAGAGCCCAGCAGCAAUAAUAGUCGCCGUAAUAGUAAUAAUCCACCUCCUCCCCUCCCCAACACACGACGCAAGAUGGCAUCAUCUUCCUCCACCGCCAAAGACGCCGUGCCUCCCCGCCGGCCCACUGCUACAACGGGCACUACGGGCGCUGCCCGCCGGCCAGUGGCAGGAGCUUCCUCGAGCUCCACCACCGCGCGACCCUCGACCACCGCGUCGAGAACGCCCGCCAGCUCGACAAUUCGUUCUUCCACCGCGGGCUCCAGCUUGAACAAGCCUCCGACGCGUCCUGCUGCCGGCACAGUCGCUCGUAAGACGGGCCUCGCUGCCAGACCCCCUCGUUCUGCUGCUGCUUCCGACGCGGAGCCAGACCUGUCGUCCGUUACUUCGGGAGACGAAAACAAACGGCCCACCGUCCGCAGAACACCCCUUACCUCCACCGCUGCGACCAGAUCAUCGCCAGGCAAGCCGCCUGUGGUGCGCCCAACUGCGAGUGCUACCACCGCUGCAAAACGGCCAUUGGCCUCUGCCACCACCUCCUCCACUACCCCCAAACCCGCCACUCGCACCUCACUUUCAUCUUCUGCCCGUCCCGCUACAACCCGCCCUUCAACCACACCUCGAGUCACCCCUACCGCUUCAUCGCGGGCAUCCAUUUCACAUGCGAAGAAGCCCUCGAUUUCUGCCGUCGCGUCUGCCCCAGAACCCAAGGACACUAUUCCGGAAGAGGAUACACGCAGCAUCCAUGUCCCUCCCAGAAGUGCCGUUCUCAAAGACAAGGCUUCGUCCGAUGCCGAAAUCGAGACACGAAAGACGGCCCUCGGCCCCGUGAAGGCUGCCCUCGCCAAAUUGGGGGAGACGGAUUCUCCUCGUCCCGAUACUGCUCCCACCGGAUCGCAAGAGAUCGAUUUUGAGACAAAGAGGCGAAGCGCCCAGGUGAUGCAAGAUUUCUUCAAGGAAACAAAUCUACGGGAACAGUUGCAGGAGCAGUGUAACGACCUGAGUCGCGAAGUAGACAACCUGCAGGAGGAGAAGGCGAAACUCAAAAAGCAAUUGGUCGAGGCAGAAGCGGCGGUCCAGGAAAAGGACAAGGUCAUACAAUCAGCCGCAAAGUCUACCGACACCGAUCACAGCGCUCGUAAUACGCUUGUCGAAGAGAUGGAGAAGAAGUUUGCUAAGGAGACCAAGGCGCUGGAAGCCCGUGGAGAGCAGCUGCAAGAGGAGACGGCCGCAGCGCAGGCCAAGCAGGCCGAGGAAGAGAAGCGCGCGGCCGAACUCCAGCAAGUUUUGAGCCAGCUCAGCGAGGACCUGGAGAAGCAGGGCGCUGAGUGGGAUGCCGAGAAGAAGAAGCUCAUCGAACAGCAAACCCAGAUCGAGGAGCUGACGAGUGAAGUCGCCAAAUUGACCCAAGAGCGCGAUGCGCUACGACAAGAGGUUGACGAUGCCACAAAACAGCUGGAAGAGACCAAGGAGACUCUGGAGUCGGUUCAAUCCAAGCAGGCUGAGCUCGAGCAAAGCCAUACGGAUGAUCUCCGUUCGCGCGACGAAAAGAUUACCGAACUGUCCGAAACGGUCCAAGAGCUGCAGACCAUGGUAAUGACUGCCGAACAAAAACACACCGAUGCGUUGGAGGAGGCCAGCAAGUCCAUCGAGUCCAAGUCGUCGGAAUCGUCAAAGGUGGUCGAAGACCUGCAGGCCAAGAUGGAAGCCCUGCUCCAGCAACACUCGGAGGAACUACAGUCCAAAGAUGAAACCAUCGAGUCGCACGUCAAAGCUGCCCAGGAGUUGAAAGACCUCACCCAGGAGUUGCAGGAGCGCGCAGACCUCAGCACGGCGGAUUUGGAGAAGGAACGCAGCGCGCACGCUGAGGCCAUCCAGGAGAAGAUCGCGGAGCUUCAGAAAACCCACGACGAGGCAGCGAAAGGCAAGGACUCGGAGAUAUCUCGCCACGUAGAAGCUAUUGAUGGACUCCAGGAGCAAAUCAAGUCGCUGCAGCAGGGUGAAAGCGACGGCGCAAAAGUUGCGACCGAGCUGAAUAAGCAGAUGGACGAGUUGAAGCAGGCGCACGCCGAUGCCCUUCAGGCCAAGGUCGCCGAGAGCGAAGAGCUCAUGAAACAGCUGGAUGCUCUCAACGACCAGCUAGCGGAUGACGCUACUGAGGUUGAGAAGUUGAAGGAAGAGAGCGACGGCUUGAGGAAAACUAUCCAAACCCUCGAGAAAAGCUCGCAGCAAACUGGCGAGCAGCACUCUACCGUUAUCGCCAAAAUACAAGCCGAGCUGGAUGAGGCUAGGAAGUCAGCACAGGCUGAGCUUGACGCCGCGCAGGAGCGUGCUCGUCAAGACUUGCGUACGCUCGGGCAAGAUCACGACACUGAGAUCGAAUCGCUCAGGGCGGACCUUGAAGGUGAUGCCAAAAAGAGACUAGACGAGCUUCAAUCAAGCUAUGAUGCACUUGUCGCCGAAAAGAAUGCAUCGCUGGAAGAGCAUGCCAAGGUCCUCGCUGAGAAGACAGCCAACCUGGAUGCUGCUAAUGAGGAGUUGAAUUCUUUGAAAGCAAGUGUUGCAGAGAAGACGGCUACCCUUGACUCUAUCAAUGAAGAGCUUGCUUCAUUGAAACAGAGCGCUGGUGAGCUAGAGUCACUACGUGCUGAUCUUGCCGAAAAGACGGCUGUCAUCGAUUCGACCAACGAAGAGCUUACUUCUUUGAAAGCGACUGCCUCUGAGCUGGACUCAUUACGCACUGAUCUUGCUGAGAAAUCCGCGGCGUUCGAUUCUAUCAACGAAGAACUCGUUUCAUUGAAGGCGACCGCUGUUGAAUUGGAGUCUGUGCGCGCUGAUCUUGCUGACAAGACGGCCGCCAAUGAUACUGUCAAUGAUGAACUCAGUGCACUCAAGACGAGUGUUGCCGAGCUGGAAUCAGUACGCGCCAAACUUGCCGAGAAAACAGAUAUGUUGGAUGCAGUCAACGAAGAACUCAACACCUUGAAAGCAAGUGCAGCUGAAUUGGAAUCUCUGCGCGCUGACCUUGCAGAGAAAACCGCUACCCUUGACACUGCUAAUGGAGAGCUGGCCUCACUGAAAGCGAGUACCGCGGAGUUUGAAUCACUGCGAGCUGAACUGCAAAGUGAUGCGAAGAAACAGUUGGAUGAGUUGCAGUCAAAACACGACGCCCUUCUUUCCGAGAAAUCGACUCUACAAAAACAGCAUGAGGAUGACCUCGCCCAACGGGUCGCUGAGCUGGAAGGAGCCAACAGGGAGUUGGAAUCCUUGAAGGCGAGCACUGGUGACGCAUCGCAAAGCUUGAAAGAUGCUCUCGCCAAGAGCAAGACUCUCGAAGAUGAGAAAUCGGCCAUUCAGGAAGCCCAUACGAUAUCCCAGGAGAUUCUGGCGGAUCUGCAAAAUCAGAUUGACACUCUCGUAGAAGAGAAGACAAAAGCUGGCGAUGCGCACACGACGUCACAAAAACUUAUCACGGAUCUGCAGGCUAGGCACGACAGUCUGCUUGAGGAGAAGUCGGCUGCCGAAGAAGCUCACGCAAUGUCGCAGAAACUCAUCACCGACCUUCAGGCUCGGCACGACAGCCUUCUGGACGAGAAGACAUCUGCUGAAGACGCACACAGUCGUGCCAUCGAGGCUCUGAAGCAAGAUUCUGACAGCACUGCGAACCAACUGUUUGGCGAACUGCAGACCAAAUACGAUGCCCUUCUCGAUGAGAAGACUAGCUUGGAAGGGGCCCAUCAGAACGAGGUAGAGACCCUGAAGGCACAGGUCACUGAAUUGGAAAGUAAAUACAGCGAAUUUUCGGCCGAUCAGGAAUUAUCCAAAGGAGCACACGCCAAAGCCUUGGACGAUCAGAGGGCUCAGAUUGAGCAGCAAUAUGGUACACUACUCGAUGCGUUGCAGACAGACCUUAACGCAGCGGAUUUGGCGAAAAAGAGGGUCGUGGAGGAACGCGACUCGGCUGUCAAUGAGCUCGCCGAGUUGAAGAAGAACAACGGAGACGCCGUACAGCAAGGCCAAGAUAGUAUCGCCGCCAUGACAACCAAAUACGAAGCUCUGAUGGCCGAGAAGACCACUGCUGAACAGGACCACGAGGCUGCAAUUGCUCUGCUCAAAGAGUCGCUGCAAGACGAGCAGGAGAAAAUUGCCUCGGAGCUCCAGGCUCGUUGCGACAGCCUUCAAGCUAAGCUUGCCUCGAGUGACCAGGAACACAGCGAUGCCAUUGCUCUGUUGAGGGAGGAACUCAAGGAAGGACAUUCGACCGAUUUGCUCGCCACCGAAAAACGCUUGGAGGAACUACAGCAGACUCACAAAGACCUCAUGGACCAGAAGCUGUCCAUUGAAAGCGCGCACGAGGAGGCAAUCGCCGAGCUCAUGAUGGGUAUGGAAGCCAGCCAGAAUGAUGCUGUCCAGCAACUUCAGAAGAAGUAUGACGCUUUGUCCGCGCAGCUAGAAGAGUCCAAGACUGCGCACGCCACCGAGCUGGAAGCCGCGAAACAGGGCGGCGCCGAGCACGCGACCCUGCUCCAGGACUUGCAGGCGCAGCUCGAGCAACUCUCUUCCCAGGCUACUUCGGAUGCCGAGACUCAUGCGUCUGACGUUCAGCGCUUCCAGCAAACCAUCAGUAAGCUGGAGGCAGAGCACCAGCAAGCUCUCGAGGCUACCCAGGCUGCCGAGGAUCAGAUUGAGCAGAUGAAAGUUGAUGUCGUGAAAAAGCAUCUUGCACGGGUGGAGCCGCUUGAACGAGAAAAUGAAUCGCUGAGGGAGAAAAUUGAGCGUCUGAACAGCAUCCUCGCGGCAGGUGAUAGAGUUGCACGCGCCGCAGCUUCUAUGGGUGAGAAGCGUGAGAUCAACACGCUUCAAGAAGAGGAUGAAGAGGACGAGGAACAAAGCACUUCUGGUGGACAGUCAUCUCAGCUGUCACCGAACCAACCGCGAGAGGUGCUCGGCACUUUGGCGGCCAUGCAGGAAACCCUGAACCAGCUCUCAGAGCUGAACAAUGAAGCCCUAGCAGAGUCUUCUCGCACAGCGCAGAGACUUACCGAAGACGAUUGGGUUGCCGUCGAUGGUAAAUCGAGUGGCGACAGCAGCAUGCACCUGGUUGGCGAGCCGGGGGCAGCCAAGUUGAACGGCAGCAGCGAACACGUGCUGAGCGCGCCCGGUGCGGCCAACGAUGUGUCGUAA